GUCUUUGCGUUCCGCUUGAACCCCACCUGUCCUCCGGCCACCUCAAGGGGCUGGUCGGAGGCCCCUGGGCGCCGUGCGCUCUGACCUGCCCGGCGCUCCAGGCCGUUGCUGGGUAGGGGCGAGGCGGAGCAAUUGGCGCGGAAAUGCCCCGGAGUGGGCGCAUGAGUCGCGGUCCGGGGUCGUGCGCUCCGACUUAGGGGGCUUCAGUCCCUGCCCGAGUGGUCGCCUGGGUCAGCUAGGGUGGGUUGGUGCGACUCUGAGGCAUGUUCUGUCUCCGAAAAGUUUACCUUGUCUUCACAAGUUUGUUUCCCUUUUUAUAAACUUCAAAUAUGACUCGUUUAGCAGGCACGCAAAUGCAUUUUACAGGGUACCCCAGUUGAGCAGUUCAGCAAGUAAAAUGCGUUUUUGGCGAAUGAAAGUUGGAUAAAUUUUAUUUGUUCAAGCUGACUGUCCGAGUGGAAUUGUUUCAGUUAGUCCCUAUCCCCAGAUCGGGGCCGUCUAUGAACAGCUCACUUUCAGUGGGACCCUGUCAGAGGCUGAUGUAAUGCUUAUUCCUUUAAUGUGCUCAGUUUUCAGAAGACUGAUGUAGUUGGGCAGAUGGUCUCCGUUUCCCGCUCCACUUUCAGAGAAGGAAACAGACAUUUAAUGGCCAAAGACACUGUCACCUACCUAACUCAGGUGGAUCGCUUGAUCAGUUUUUCUGAGCCUUAGUGAUCUUUCCACUAUGUCACACCACUAAGGAGGAAUGGUGCAAGAUUAUAGUAGUGAAGGCUUUCAGUUGUGUUUACUGGUUUAGAGAUGGCUUUUCCAGCACUUCAUUGUUCCUUGUCUAGGGAACAAGGAGGGCACAUGUUAAGGCACCAGAUCCAAACCCUGUAUGUCUGCAUUUCAGCAGGUAACUAACAACUGUUAGUAGCAUCACAUUUAUCUGAUGCAUGAAGCAUGAUGAAUCACAGUAAAUUUUCCAGUUAACAAAAGUUUUAGCCUUUUUAUUAGCACACUACUUUUUUUUUUUUUGUCUCUUGGGAAUGAGAGCAUUGUGUAAUUUAUUAUGCUUGUCCUCUGCAAUGGAGUAGACUGACUAUAAAUGUGAUGUUUUAUUGAUGAUUUGGGGGCCUGUCUGUGACAUCGGUAAUGCUGUGCUAGUCUUGGACUGUCCACACUAGGAAGGUGUGGAGGGCUGUAUAUAUAUGUUCUCUCCCUUCUGCUUUCUCCCAUGGUAAUUUUGAACAUUUUUUUGUGACUGGUCAUCUGUUACUACUUGUUGUUCUUUAAAGUACCUGCCUAAAGCAGCUUCCCUGCCCUCUUUCUUGUAGACUGCUGUGCAUUGGGAAAUCACCCUGUUGAGUAGGGGCUUAGUGACGUCUCCUUUGGCCAUAUUUGCUAAUUUUGGAUUUGUUUGGAAAAACUGAGGUGACUGGGUUCAGAACUCUCGGAGUGUUACAGUUUGAUAGCGUACAUUUUUUAAAAGGUGCAGUCAUGCAGGAAAACCUCAGAUUUGCUUCAUCAGGAGAUGAUAUUAAAAUAUGGGAUGCUUCAUCUAUGACAUUGGUGGAUAAAUUCAACCCACACACAUCACCACAUGGAGUCAGCUCAAUGUGUUGGAGUAGCAAUAAUAACUUUCUAGUGACGGCAUCUUCCAGCGGUGACAAAAUCGUUGUUUCAAGUUGCAAGUGUAAACCUGUUCCACUUUUAGAGCUUGCUGAAGGGCAAAAGCAGACAUGUGUCAAUUUAAAUUCUACAUCUAUGUAUUUGGUAAGCGGAGGCCUAAAUAAGACAGUUAAUAUUUGGGAUUUAAAAUCAAAAAGAGUCCAUCGAUCUCUUAAGGAUCAUAAAGAUGAAGUAACUUGUGUAACAUAUAAUUGGAAUGAUUGCUAUGUUGCCUCUGGAUCUCUGAGUGGUGAAAUUAUUUUGCACAGUGUAACCACUAAUUUAUCUAGUACUCCAUUUGGCCAUGGCAAUAACCAGUCUGUUCGACACUUGAAGUACUCCUUGUUUAAGAAAUCGCUAUUGGGAAGUGUUUCGGAUAAUGGGAUAGUAACUCUUUGGGAUGUGAACAGUCAGAGCCCAUACCAUAACUUCGAAAGUACACAUAAAGCUCCAGCUUCAGGGAUCUGUUUUUCUCCUGUCAAUGAAUUGCUGUUUGUAACCAUAGGACUGGAUAAAAGAAUCAUUCUUUAUGACACUUCAAGUAAGAAACUAGUAAAAACUUUAGUGGCCGACGCCCCUCUAACUGCGGUAGAUUUCGUGCCUGAUGGAGCUACUUUGGCUAUUGGAUCUUCCCGUGGGAAAAUAUAUCAGUAUGACUUAAGGAUGUUGAAAUCACCAGUAAAAACCAUCAGUGCUCACAAGACAUCUGUGCAAUGUAUAGCAUUUCAGUACUCCACUGCUCUUUCUAAGUCAAGUUUAAAUAAAGGCAGUUCAAAUAAGUCCAUGGCAGUGAACAAACGAGCUGUUAAUGUGAGCAGUACCAGUGGAGGAGCUCAGAAUUCUGGAAUUGUCAGAGAAGCAGCUACCACUUCGGUUGCCACAGUUCUCCCGCAGCCCAUGACAACAGUUGUGGGGAAAGGAACAGUUGCGGUUCAAGACAAAGCAGGUUUGCCUCGAAGCAUAAACACAGAUACUUUAUCUAAGGAAACAGACAGCGGAAAAAAUCAAGAUUUCUCCAGCUUUGAUGAUACUGGGAAGAGUAGUUUAGGUGACAUGUUCUCACCUAUUAGAGAUGAUGCUGUAGUUAACAAGGGAGGUGAUGAGCCCAUAGUCAAAGGAGAUGGCCUCGAUUUUCUACCACCGUUGAACUCAGUAUUCCCUCCAAGAAAAAAUCCAGUCACUUCAAGCACUUCUGUAUUGCAUUCUAGUCCUCUUAAUGUCUUUAUAGCAUCUCCAGGGAGGGAAGAAAAUGAAAAUCACGAUCUGGCAGCCGAACCUAAGAAAAUGUAUCUGGGAAAACAAGAACCCAAAGACUCCUUCAAGCAGUUUGCAAAGUUGAUCUCCUCUGGUGCCGAAACUGGAAAUUUAAAUACUUCUCCAUCAUCUAACCAAGCAAGAAGUCCUGAGAAAUUUGAAAAGCCAGAGAAAGAAACAGAAACCCAGUUGAUAUAUGAACCUCCUACCAAUGGAUCCUCUACCCCAAAUCCAAACAUAGCAUCCUCUGUCACUGCUAGAGUUGCCAGUUCACUGUCAGGAAAAAUAGCUGAUACCAUUGAAAAUAACCGGCCAAAUGCACCACUGACAUCUGUUCAAAUCCAUUUUAUUCAGAACAUGAUACAGGAAACACUGGAUGACUUUAGAGAAGCAUGUCAUCGGGACAUUGUGAAUUUGCAAGUGGAGAUGAUUAAACAGUUCCAUAUGCAGUUGAAUGAAAUGCACUCUUUGCUAGAAAGAUAUUCAGUGAAUGAAGGGUUAGUGGCUGAAAUCGAAAGACUACGAGAAGAAAACAAAAGACUACGUGCUCACUACUGAAAUUUCCGUGGAUACCUUCAUACUUUGUAAUUCGGGAUGUUUCUGGCAACGCAGAACUAUACUAAUCAGUAUUGUUUAUAUGCUUCUGGAGAAUUUUGUUUUCAUGUAAAAGGGUGAUGAUGGGCUUUUGCACAAAUUGCUAUUUCAUCUUUCCUGUUAAAAAUAUUUAUAUUUUUAUAUUAGACGCAGUGCACAAUGUUACCUGCCUAAUAGGAAAGUCAACAGGAUCUUUAUUUUCUGAAAGCUUUAGCUAUACACUAAGUGUCCUUUUUCAUAAGAAGAAAAGUGUGCAUUAAAAAAAAUUGGUUAUUUGUACUUUCUAAUCACCUUUUUUUUAACAGAUAUAUUUUUGAUUGACAAAUUGCCUUUCAGUUUUUUUGGAGGCGUAUGAAAGUUAAAGAGUUUGAUAUGCCUUCUAUUUUUAUGGAAAAAGUACUUUUAUAAUGGCAAUUGGAGUUUCUAAGCAAUUGAAUAAUAAACACAGGGCCGGUGAGUAAUUAUUUUGUUAACUCGAUGAAGUCAAGCAUGACCGUUAUUUAUUGUACAUUUGACAAGACAAUUUUUGGAAUUUUUAAUUGCACAAAUUAAAUUAUAUCUAUUGUAUGUAUGUUAGUGUAUUGUAUUUCUGACAGCUUUCUACUCCUAGUUGAGAAUUUUUUUGUUAAGUUCACUUUACCUAUGAAAAACUCUCUUAAGGGCUUUUAAGAUUCAACCAGAGCUGCAUAUCUGCCACUUAUCUCAUAAAUUCAUAACAUGCAUAUUCUACUGUGACAUUUCAAUCAACAUGAUUCAACUUAAAACCAUUGAAAAUUUCGUAUUGUGUAUUAAGUACUGAAGUAUUGCCAUUUUUUCUCUGAAAUGUGAAGUGUGGAUUGUUUGGUUUCUGUCAUUAACUUUGUGUGCUAUGUGUACUAUUUUUAUAUUCCUGGCCUUAACAAAAUUCUUUUGAAAGGUUAGUUAUCACAAGAAUUUCCACCUUUUUUAUCGUGGGUGGAUAUAUACAGCUACCUGCUGUGACCUGCAGUUCCAGUGGCAUAAGAUGAGGGGAGCUGCUGUCUUUUUUACCUUCUUUGUUCCAAAGAUUUAAAGUCUGUGUGUUAUAUACGGUGCUCAUAUCCAAUUUUGACUUCUGAGCUGAAAAUAUGUACUAAAAAAAAAAAAAAAUUAGCUAGCUUACUAACUUUAUGGUGUUCCAAAGUGAUAGAAAUUUUUAAGGAUAUAUUUAAUAACUAAACAUACUAAUAAUUACUUAAAGAAAUGGAAACGGGAAUACUACUUUUUUCCAUUGCAGCUCAGAGAAUGCAUGUGUAUUAAAGCAUAAAGGGGCGCUAAUGUGAUCCUUUUCCUGACAGAUUAUAAAAGCAUUAUGACUUGUAACAAGUUUCCUUAUAUAUCAUUAUUGAACAGGUUCAGAAGACAUAAAUAUUAGUGUGUUUUGCCUACAUGCUGUAUUCAAAUCUAUUAUUUUUCUUUUGUCUUUUUUCUAUAAAUCCACAUAUGUGUACUAAAAGGGGUGGGAUAAAUAAAACAACUUUAGUAACUUUAAA